AUGGUUCGGGUGCGGGCUGUGGUGAUGACCCGAGACGACUCAAGCGGCGGUUGGGUGCCCAUGGGCGGUGGUGGCCUGAGCCAUGUGACCAUCUGUAAAGUCCGGCACCCAGAUGAAGGGCAACGCCGCCAGUACCUGAUCAACGGAGAGCGCCUCCGGGACCAGACGACCAUCUUGGAGUGUGCCUUGAAAAGGGACCUCGUCUACAACAAGGUGAACCCCAUUUUCCACCACUGGAAAGUGGGGGACAACAAGUUUGGCCUCACCUUUCAGAGCCCUGCAGACGCGGUGACUUUUGAGAAGGGCGUGCAAGCCGCUCUGAAGGAGAUCACGGAAGGUUCCCUUUCACCUUCCUCCAGUGCCUCUGGCUCCUCUUCCUCCUCCGAGGAUGAAGCAGCUGGCCGGGACGAGGCCCUUACUGUGCACACGGACAGCGAGUCUUCCUCGAACAGUCAGAAGGAAAUGCUGCCCAAGCCCCUCACCAUUGUGACCAGUGAGUCCUCCUCCACCUGCUUCAUUCGUUCCCCCAUUUCUGAAGAGUUCCCCUUCAGUUCAACACAAGGGGCGGCCUCAGCUGGACCGGUCCAAGCCCAGCCCUUGCAGCAGCUGAGUCUCCCGGAGGAGGAGGAGCUAGAGAGCAUCACCCCGUGCCCCUGGGUCACCAAAGGCUACGAGGACUACCGCCGGGCCGUGGUUCAGAAGCACCAGCCGGACGCCGAGAAGAUCAACCUGUGCGUCCACUUUGAGAAGGGCGGCCGAGCCAGCCGAUCCCCACGGGAGAAGGAGUACAGCUUCCCGCCGGGGGCCGAAGGGCGGCUCAAGGACCCCAAGGCCUCUCCCUCCUGUCGGAUCCACGGGGCCUCCUCCCCUGCAAAACACAAGCCAUUGAAGGAGCAGCCGCCGCCGCCGCAGCCCCCGGCCCCUGGCGCCAUGGGCGUGGAAGAGGACACGGUGCCCUCGCGGUGCGUCUACUGCCGGGACGUCUUUAACAACGAUGAGAACGGGCGGGGACAGUGCCAAGAUGCGCCGGACCCCAUUGGCCACUGCGUCUACCAGUUCACGUGUAUGUGGUGUGCGGAGAGCAUGCUCUACCACUGCAUGUCGGACUCAGAAGGGGAGUACUCGGACCCUUGCUCCUGCGACACCGGCCACCCGCACUUCUGUAUCCGCUGGCUGGCCCUGGCCACCCUCUCCCUGGUGGUCCCGUGCAUGUGCUGCUACCUGCCCCUCCACGCCUGCUACUCGUGUGGUGAGCGCUGCGGCUGCUGCGGCGGCAAGCACAAAGCCGUCCGGUGAAACUGUGCAGAUCCUGGGCGCGCCGUUCAGUUUUUCGCCACCAGGGCCGUAGCAGGCGUAAGCCAGGCGGCUUUCCUCCGAGACGGAGGCUUGCUGGGGUUCCGGUCCCUCCCCCGGCCAGCUCUCCCCCCCACACUCCCUUUCGCCCCUUGGGGGAGAAGGACCCCUGGUGAGGAUGGUUGGCGGCACUCCUGGGAGAGGCCUCGAGGGACGACGUCCUGUCCCAAAACGGGGGCUUUCUUUAUUGCAGGAAGAAAAAGCAAGAAGCGCGAUUGACCCUUUAUUGUAAGCUCUGCAGUCAGAUGUUGUUAUGGGAGCACACCAGGCACGUAUUUCCCCCCUCCCCGCAAUGUUCUAUUUAGAGGUCGUUUUGGGGGGUUUGGUUUGGGGGUUUUUUUGUAAAGGAAGGGGAUGAUUCACUUGGGAAAAUGAAAGAGAGGACUAUGAAGUAACCUUGACUAAAGUUUACUAUGAACUCCUAAAGCAUCCUGCGUUUUAACGAUGCCAGUAAUAUCCAUGAGAUCCGCCUGUAUUUGCUGUAUGCGUUUGGACGAGUCCUAGGCAGGCCUUGGCCAACUUGGAUGCUACCAAGAUGGACCUCACCUACCAGCUGUGUAUUUUGACAAGCCAGUCAGGCAGGUAAAGCGUUUCCCUCCCCCCCAACCCCCCCAGGAUGUCUUCUCAAGACCAAGAUGCAGCAGGGUUGCCUGUAUGAUGCAGGCUUGCUGGCUCACCCUGGGCGAGGAGAAGGUGGCUCUCUUAGGCACCGUGCCCUGCUCUCCUUCCCCCUUCCUGAUACGUUGCAGUCUGGAUUUUUAAAUCCUCCCGGGUAGUUCUGUGCAUGAUGUUUAAUGAUGUGCUGAAUAUGUCUCUGUCUUACAAGGCUGCUUUCUGUGAGUGAACAAGAAGCACUUGCUGGGGGGGAGUGCAGGAAGACAGGCAUGGUGGAUUCAUUUCCUUGUCAUUAAGUCAGCUGUCCCCAACCGUCCCAGCCUGGUGGCUUCAGCUUCCCUCCUCUUCUUUCACCGUUCCAGCUGGGCAUGCUGGAAAUUGUAGUCCAAGACAUCUGGAGGGUGCCAGGUUGAUUUAAUAAUAACAAUAAACCCCAUAACUCUUAUCCAGCCAGGGGCGUGUCUGCUUGGCAUUUUAGCUUUCUGCUCAGGCCCCGUUUGCUUUGGAGGGUUGCCAGCUGGUGCAAACCUGGGAAAGGGGGGGCUUGCUGAUUGGCAUAGGUUUGGCUGCCCUGAAGGUGGGCAGAAGUUCUCAAGAAGACCACGUUUGGGGCCUUCAGCUCAUACCCAGGACCCUGAUUUGCUAGGCUGCUCUUCCUGAGAUUUUUCCCCGGGUUGCCUGUACUGUAACUCUUAGCAUCCCAAACUCAGAGCAGUCUCCCUGGCAUUUCCAGGCUAAAAAACACAGCCAUCAAAGGUUUACUGAAAGAAGAAAAGGCCCGUCUUUCUCCUGGCUGUUUUGCCCUUAAAAUACCACUUGUCCAUCCAUUAUAUGAUAACCCUUCUUCCCCCUCUCUGCUUUCCCCAUUAGAAUUGGGUGCAAGCUUUUUCUGCACGGGUCUGGGUGUGCGUGCACACCACACACCCAGGCACAACAUACAAAGCCUGCUUCAAACGCACAAGAAUUCCAGCCGGGUUUGGGCUGCACUUUUCUUUAGAGAAGUCAAGGAAAGCAUGGAAAAGGGUGAACUCGCUGCAUGAAAGAUGAGCUGUCAAGAUGGGGUUUGGCCUUGGCUGGAAGGGAGCCCCCGGUUUGCACACAGAAGGUUCUGGGUCUCCAGGUGGGCUGAGAAAGGGUUCUUGGAGACCUGGUCAUUGUUGGCAAUGUUCAGGUAGAGGCACCAGUGGAAUAAAGGGACCUGAAAUCCUGUGAGUUCACUGGACCGUGCUUUUCAGGAGUCCUCUAAUGGAGCUCCAUUUUGGUCUAUUUUUUCUGUUCCCCAUGUAGCCUUUCUGGCUGUUCUCUUGCCGUUUCUUCCCGUCCUCUGACUCAAAAAAAAAAAAAAGAUUUUUUUCUUUAAGA